AUGCUUGCCCCGACUGUCGCCUCAGAGCGAGAGCAGAAGGUCCUCCAGGCAAGACUGGCGGCUCUUCGCAUGGACGACGAGAUGGAGGAAGUGGCCAACGCCCGAGAGAUGGACGCCCUCAAGCGCAACCUGUUUAAUGUCAGGAACGAUCUCGAGAACGUUUUCCGGACAACCCUCCAUGACCUGAACGUGUCUUAUCAGGAACAGGCGUUCGAUGCUAUGGUGGAAGAAGCUAUCGUGGCGAGGGGGGAGCUGCCGACCCUGCGAACGGACCUUCGCGCGAAGACGAGAAACGUGAACCGCAUCACAGCCGAGCACUGUCGGAGCUUCCAGGGUGCGGGGUGUGCCAAGGUCGAGCGGGAUUUAGCCGAAACCUUCGUCAAGUUGCAGGCGAAGCGCGGGGAAAAGCUGCGGCAAUCCGUUCGAAUUCAAAAGGAGGUUAUCGUGAAAGAGCAGGAGGAAAUGAAGGAAUUAGGUGGGAGGCCGCUGCUGCUUAUGUCCGUUGAGAAAGCGCUGGAGGCGUUUCAGGCAGAAGCGGGCGACCUGACCAAGGCGGCGGCCGAGCUCCGGCAGGCCCGGGCCGAGUCUGCCCGGACAUAUGAGGAGUACCUCCACGCGCGAAGGUGGGCGCACACCCUGACCAAGAAGGGGCCCAAGGCUCUAAAGGCGGAGCUGAAGCGUCGGCGGCUAGCCGCUCUCACCGCGGCCACCGUCGCGUCUUUCAAGGCCAGCGGAAGAGAAGGCACGGGCUUGUCGUGCUCGCCAGACGAGGGCGACGGUGGUCGCGCAGAUGGCACUUCGCUUGGGUCUUCCCUCCUAGAUAGUCCUGACGGCACCGCGGCGGACGGCUGCGACGCGAGCAGCGGCGGCGGUUCGUCUUCAGACGGAGGGGGCGAAGAGAGCGAGGUUGGCAGCAGGAACGGGGACGCACGAUUAACCGAUUCCGACGCCGGCACAAAUCGCGGUGGAAGUAACGAAGACGAUGACGAGCAUCGGGCGGUUGCCACUACCGCCGCCACCGCCGCGGGCGCCUCCUAUCGUCCAACCGCUACGUUGGACGGCGGCGCCGUUGCUACGGCACCCCCUCCCGCCGAGAGAAGAGACACGCUUACCCUGGUGUCCGGUAUGGAAAUAGGGGGCUUAGGCGUGGACGCUGACGCCGCUGCUACUGGUUAUAGGAAGCGGUUCAAGACGACAAAACCGGUUAACAACCACACGGGUGUGAUCGGCGACGUUCCAAGGAUCGACCGCCGCCUUGCUGCCGCGUCUGAGAGGAUAUGGAGGGCGAGCCUGUCGGGGAAUCACGACAUCAACAACAGCUACCACGAGCAUGGGCGACGAAACGGUGGCGGAAGGGCAAAGGCCACGGAUACUUCGAAAGCGGGUGUUGUGCCCGGCGGCGUCAGGGAUGGAGUGCCGUCCACGAAAGGGAUGGAUUUGCUCAAGUCGGAGGGACACCGGCAACGACAAGCCCCCCCGCGUCUGCCCAGCGGGACGAGACCCAUGGCCACGCCAAACACGACUUCUCUUUCGGCUGGGGUUGAUGAACACAACAACGCCGACGCGUCGGGGGUGGCAACGGGAGGCCAAACAGCAGCGCGGACGACGACGUCGACACCGGCGUUGUUCUCAGUACCACCAUCACCAGCUGCUUCUUCUUGUCCUGCUGCUGCCGUCGCGUCGAGCUCAGAGCACCCCCGCUGCAACAAGCUACCGCCCGAGGUUCUCGCGAGCAUGCUCCUCUCCGUUCACGACGAGGACAUCGGCGGGAAAGAGAUAGUGCACGCGGCCGGUGCCCUAGCCGAGCGCACACGGCAGUGGGAGCUUCAGCAGCAGCAGCAACAACAACGACAGCAGCAACAGCUUAGGAACCAGGCGCACGUUCUUCUGCAACCGUUUCCAGACCUCCCGUAUGGCUUCACGGACCUCGGCAGGCGGGUGAACGUCGACGACCCAACUCAGCGCCGAGGGAUUGUGCAAAGUAGGGCUUUUUGCCAAGAUGGGGUUGAGCCGUGA